AUGGCUACUGGAUUUCCUCCAUUUCCGAAGUUUGAUGUAUCAGAUCAAAAUUCAAUAGGACAGCGUUGGAAAAAGUGGAUCCAGCGAUUUGAAAAUUUCGUCCUUGCGAUGGGAGUUACCAGGAAUGAUCGCAAAAGGGCAAUGCUCUUACACUAUGGAGGAGAUGAAGUAUACAACAUUUUCGACACACUCGCUGAUACAGGAGGGCCUAAUGACUAUGAUGCAGCAAAAACAAAAUUAACGGAGCACUUUAACCCAAAGAAGAAUGUUGAAUUUGAAAUAUAUAAAUUUCGACAAGCCAAACAAAACUCCAGUGAAACAAUGGAUUCCUAUCAUACAAGACUGCGACAAUUAGCCGAAAACUGUGAGUUUGAGGAUAUAGACAGAGAAAUUAAGUCACAAGUCAUACAAGGAUGUGAGUCAAGUCGUUUGAGACGCAAAGCACUGCGUGAGCCUGACUUAACGCUCCAACAAAUCCUAGAUUCAGCGAGAGCCAUGGAAGUCUCUCAACUCCAAGCCUUCGAUAGACCGUGCCCAGCGAAGGGCAAGGCGUGCAACAAAUGCAAGAAAAUUGGACAUUUUGCAAAGCAGUGUAGGUCUGGCCAGAAACAGGAUACCAAAAACUUCAACCGCACAUCCAGAACAAGGAAACCAUUGGUCAACAAUCUGGAUAAUGACAGUAGUGAUGAAGAGUACGCUUUCGGAUUGUCACUCAAUGCAACAAAAUCCUUGCUUAUCGCAGAUGUCAAAAUAAAUGGGAUUGAAGUUGGCAUGCUGGUGGAUUCUGGAGCAAGUGUUACUGUCAUGGAUGAGUCGACAUUUGAAAGAGUAAGUCGCAAGAAACCAAUCAAAUUGUCAAAAUCAAAUGCCAAAGUUCAUGCUUACGGAACAAAAGCAGCAUUACCCAUAAAAGGUAAAUUUCGAGCUGAACUAGAAUCUAAACUUAGGAUUAUUGACACUGAAAUUUUUGUGGUGAAAAGUGCAAGUGGAUGUUUACUAAGCUGCGCUGAUGCACAAAAGCUUGGACUCAUUUCGAUUACAAUAAAUGCUGUAGACCAAGAUGAAACUACAGACCAAUCCAGCAUAUUAACGAAGUUUGCUGAUCGAUUUGAGGGGAUAAGAAAAAUGGAAGACUUUCAAGUAAAACUUCACAUUGACGAAACAGUGAAGCCUGUUGCGCAACCGCAUCGAAGAAUUCCGUUUCACCGACGAAAGAAAUUGGAACUAGAGCUAAAGAAACUUGAAGAAAUGGACAUCAUAGAAAAAGUUGAUGGACCGACUCCUUGGGUGUCACCUAUUUUAGUAGCUCCCAAACCUAAAAAUCCUGACCAGGUGAGAGUUUGUAUUGACAUGAGAAGAGCUAACGAAGCUAUACUUAGAGAACGCCAUUUGAUGCCUACUAUUGAUGAACUCAUCACUGAUUUGAAUGGAGCUAAAGUAUUCUCAAAACUUGACCUAAAUAAAGACUAUCACCAACUUGAAUUAGCACCUGAAUCGAGAUACAUCACGACAUUUUCAUCACAUGUUGGACUGUUUCGUUACAAAAGACUGAUUUUUGGAGUCAAUUCGGCAGCUGAAGUUUUUCAGGCAGUGAUUCAACAAACUAUAGAAGGCAUACAUGGAACACGCAAUAUAAGUGAUGAUAUUAUUGUGUUUGGCAAGUCUCAGGAAGAGCACGACAAGUCGUUAAAAUCGCUCUUAACUCGACUGAGGGAACGAAAUCUUACACUCAACAAAGAUAAGUGUGAGUUCAACAAAAGAAAGCUUGAAUUCUUUGGAUUUAUUUUCUCUGAAAAUGGAAUCUCAGCUGACCCCAAGAAAGUUGAAGCUAUCAAACAUGCGGAAAACCCCAGGAAUGCAUCUGAAAUGCGCAGUUUCCUUGGCAUGGCUAACUACUGUGCGCGAUUCAUCAAGGACUUCGCCACGAUUUCGCAACCUCUACGUGAAUUGACCAAAAAGAAUCAACGAUAG